CUUCCGGUGAGCCAGAGACAUGAAAUGUUUUGGUUUGGAAGCUAGCGUUAGCUAAUUUUAAGUAUCUGAAACAGUUCAGAAGCUACAUCUCAAAACAGCACAGGUUUCGAUGGGACCUGACCAGACGGAGCCGGAGGUCCCUGCAGACGCGGUGGGCAGGCGGGUGAGCUGCGGCGCUGAGCGGGGCACGGUGCAGUAUGUGGGCCCGGUGCCACCGACAGCAGGGCUGUGGCUCGGCAUUGAGUGGGAUCACCCAGAGAGAGGCAAACACAACGGCAGCCACGAUGGAGUCCAAUAUUUUACAUGCAGACACCCUAAAGGCGGCUCCUUUGUCCGUCCAAGGAAAGUGAGCUUUGGAGUGGAUUUCCUGACUGCUGUACGACAGCUGUACCAGAUCAACACAGAGGAGGUGCUGAGUUACGGCUCCUCCAAGAAGCUCACGUGGAAAGGAAUCCAGGAGCGCAGUUUCGAGAACCUUCCGUCACUAUUGCUGCUUCAGUCUGAAGUAAACGGGCCUGGAGCUGACGGAGAAAUCAGGAAAACCACACCAAACGUGCAGUGGUUGGAUCUGACUGGGACCCUGCUGUCCUCCUGGGAUGACGUGGCUGCCAUCACCCAGCAGCUGGACCAGCUGGAGGGACUAAUGCUCAACAACAACAGACUCUGUUUGCCCUCUGACCCUUCUGCUCACUGCCAGGCAUUCUACAGCCUCAGAGUCCUGGCUCUCAUCGACUGUGACCUGACCUGGCCUCAGAUCCUGGAUUGUGCCACCAUGUGGCCACAGCUGCAGGAUCUUUGUGUGGAAGAUAACAACAUCACAGAGCUGCAGAGGCCUGACGGAGUCCUGCAGUCACUGGAGAUUCUCAAUUUGUCCUGUAAUCCCAUUGUGCAGGACAGUGUGCUCAGUAUAGGUACUCUGCCCAGGCUGGAGCAGCUAAACUUGUCCAAAACUGGACUUUCUGCCCUUCGAUUUGAUGACACUGCUCCUGGAUCCCAAACAAGCAUGUUCCCAGCACUGAAGAGUCUAAACCUGGACCACAACAACAUCUCUGAGUGGUGGGUGGUGGACGAGCUGGCAAAGUUGCCCAGUUUGGUGACGCUUUGGUGUCGCCGUAACCAGCUGGUGAGCAGUGAUGGAAACCCCAGAACAGCCAGUCAGAUGAUCAUCGCCAAACUUGGACAACUGGCCGUCCUCAACAGCUGUGAGAUCCUCCGUGAGGACAGGAGGGGGGCGGAGCUUGACUACAUCAAGAUGUUUGGAGAGGAGUGGCUAAAGGCAGGUGGGGGGAGCGAGCCCAGCAGCCAGUUCACCUGUCAGCACCCUCGUUACCUGAGCCUCAUCAACAAGUACGGAGCUCCAGGGGAAGGCGAGCUGAAGAAGCUGGGGCCGUUUGUCCUGAAAAAUCAGCUGUUAAAGAUCGUGUUUGUGUUUCCUGAUGACCCCGGGCGGAAGCCAAUUGAGAAGAAACUUCCAGCCUUCAUGGUGGUUCAGAAGGUGAAGGGACUCCUGUACAGACUGCUGAAGGUUCCUGCUGCAGAUCUGAAGCUCACCUACACCACCCUCAAGGCGGUGGGGACAGAGUUUGAGAUCAACAAUGAUCUGAAGCCUCUACAGUUUUAUUCCAUAGAGGACGGAGACCAGGUGUUGGUCCGGUGGUCCUGACCCAGACCAGGAGGUGAAGAACUGGCCUGGUCCACAGCAGAGACAGAACAGAGACUUUAGGAGUGGACUUGAGCUGCUUUUGUGUUGGACUGAGAUCCAGAUCACUCAGACUGGAUCUAUUCUAAACCGCACACACGGAGAAAACCACCAUUCACAAUGAUGCACAUCAAUAUGUUUCCUUUGUUUCAGGAAUGAAAUCUACAGCUGCACUAACAAAUACAGUCAUUUAAUAAACAGUCUGUUCACGCUGAAUUAUUACAAUGUGCUUUGGGUGCUAUAUAAUUUGUGGACAAAAAAGUGCCUCAUUAGCAUUUCAAUAUAGGCAGUAGUUACAAUCAUCAACAAUCAACAAUAAUUACUUGUAAUGUAAUGAACUGCAUUAUCGUUUAAUCAGUUUCUAGUAAUUUCAAAUAAUCGAGCUCACCAGUCGUAAUGCCUUUCCUUGACUUUAGCAUGUUCUAUUCACUGCAUGACCACAGUCUGAAGCUCUGGAAAAAGCAAGUACGAGGAGGAGAAGUUCGUGAAGAUUUUCAGGACGUUCUGACAUGAUUUUUUCCACUUGUUGGAAUCUGCUGAACCAGCUGUGAAUCCAACAUGGACACACCUGCCGUCCUCCAUGAUGAGACCAACUGAGAGGCAGCAGCAGCAGCAGCGUUAUCGUCGCUCUGCAGACCUCACUGAUUCCUCUCCUCACAUCGGCCGGCGCCGGCGUCCGGGCAGCGGCAGGUAAACCCGCCGAGCCGCGGCAGACACAGGGAUGUGCAGCAGAGGUUUGGCCUCCUCCUUUUUCAUUUUGUAUCCGUCCAGAGGGAUGUGUUCAAUCUUCCCACUCUGAGCGAACAGCAAGUGUGUUCCUGGAGCGACGGGGUGAACGUCAGGCCGCGGUGUCGGACCCACCGGGGGAGGAGUCACUGACUGGUCAAUACCUGCGUAGGAGAGGAGAGUUUAUUGUUCAGGUGAGGCAGAUGUGUUCAAUGUUCCUGUAUCCCUGAAAUGACAAACAGUAUAGAGGCAGAAGAAGAGUCUCAUCAUUCAAGGCUUGAACUGACUCCAAUGAGGCUUCAGUUGACUCACACAGAGGGGUGCUGCCGGGUCCGGUGCGGGUGUUGGGGAUCUCUUGGCCGUUGGCGUCCACACACCAGCACUGUCCGAUGCUGGUGUGGCACUGCGUGGACUUGUAGGCUCCAUGUUCGUCACACUCCGGGACAUACUGACCGACAGCCGGUCGAGGACGGAAGAAAGAGAAGAUCCCGGAGCUGGAGGUGGAAGCCUGGGCACUCUCUCUGUGACGCUCACACUGGGUCUUCUCUCGCUCUGAGAACACAGAAUAACGAGUCAGAGUGAGACAUCUACAUUGUUUACAAUAUGAAGACCUCUGCUUAAGGCAAACCUGGGACUCAUUUUAAUUUGGACUUGUUUACGUCAACACAGCUGCAUAUUCAGCUACAUGUCAUUCAAAAGUACACCUAGUAACAGCUCUAAAGCUAACAGUAGUGUUCCGUUAGCAUGGAAAUAUGCUAAUGUGUAGCAGGCUCACAUCAGUAUUCAUCUCACUAUACUUUAUCCUGCAUCAAUGAACGCUUGGAAGAUGAUGUCCACAUCAUGAAUCCCGCUGUCAGAGCUCUAAUUGGUCAGUUGUUUCUCCAAUCAGCGAAACAGAUAUCAAUGAGCAAAACCAAAGGCCUUUUUGAAACUUGGAACAAACCAGAGAUGUGGGCAAGUAGCUCACUGAGUAAUGUUAUUUAGUUCCUGUUCUAUUAUCAAAUGAGACUUUGCGACGUUAAAUAUUAAAAUCUUUUUUGAAGUUCUUCUUCUUCAUUUUAUUUGUUCCUUCUCUUUUGACAAGUUACAAAAUCAAAGAAUAUUUAAU